UGACCGUGUCUCCUAUGUGUUUGGCAAACCGAACCAAUGGACCGCGUCCAUUUUGUGUUUUGGUUUUCCGGAAAAGAAGGAAUUUUCCAGGAAGCAGAACCAAAAAUCAUACAUAUAUUGUUCCAACCGUAGAAAACUGUCUUGUUUCUUUGAUAUUUCCUCCUCCCUGUUCUAUCCAUAAAAGAGACUUUUUCUCCAUAGCCAAAGCAGCAAAUCGUUGAGCGAUGGCUUCUCAUCAGUACAAGCCUCCGAGCUCUCCGAUAAAGGAGCACGAACAUGAAGGGGAGGGCGUCGAUGACUACCUCAACUCGGAGGAGGCUGCUUCCUCUUCUUCCUGUUUCUGUUUCCAGUGGUGGAGUAGGGGAAGCUACCACAACGCUCACAGGCCCCUCCUGGAUGGUGACGACAGUCAUCACCGCCACGGGCAGUGGUGGAAGGCUGUGAAGGAGAAGCUCAUGGAGGCAAGGGAGUUCACGGAGGUGGUAGCGGGGCCUAAGUGGAAGACGUUCAUCAGGAGGGUCGGAGGUUACUUCGGGAAGAACAAAAAGGCACAGAGGGGCCAGUUCGGGUAUGAUGCCGAGAGCUAUGCUCUCAACUUUGAUGGCGGGUUCGACAGGGAAGGUGAAGAAGAUGAUGCGUUGAUGUAUAACAUCCGAUCGUCAAGGUUCACGGCGCCAUCUUUGGAAAGCAACAAUGAGUAUAACCAUGGCGGAUUAUGAUUAAUAUUCUCAUUUAGGGUGUUCUGAUGCUUGAAUUGAUGUCACGUGAAGAUAUAGUUCUCAUCAAAGGUUCUGCAUUCGUUCACGAAGAGGUAUUUAUCAGUAUAUAGGACAUUUAUUUCUCGAUGUAUAGCAGGCAGCCAAAAACAAGUCUCGAUUUGAUACCAAAUCCCGUGAAAAAUCGCAUAUUCAUAUGGGGAUUGGAAGUUGAUUCGUUUGUUAUUUCAUUCAACUACGGUUUGUCUGAAUCAAUGGAUUGUUUCUUUUGUCGUUCAAAUCUCAAUCAACUAGCUCUGCACUCAAACAUGGACAAUCGAAUUAUUGAAUAAACAGAACAUCGCAAUUUUUAUACUUGGCAUCUACAGCAGCAUGUUACAUUGUUUAAGGUUGCUUCAAUUCACAUUAACUUGUAAGUUCACAUUAACUUCUAAUGCUUAGUGCUGAAGACAUCUGUUCAGAUGAGCAGACUGGCAAUGUUCAAAGCCAAAUGCAAUUUGCACAUUACUCGUAGAACGUGAGAUAAGGAUGGAAGAUAUCUUGACAAGCAGUAUCAGCAUGGAGUCGUCCUGGCAUAAUUUUUUGUCCAUCAAUCCUUCCGCAAAUCGGAUAGCUUUACCAAUUCUGGCCUCGGUCAAAACACCUGACGUUAAAUCUUGCCAAAUGGAACGGUCCAGAGGAACCAAGACCUGAUGCGCAAGCACAAAGUCCUCCACAAUCUUGAGAGCGUCUUCUGCUCUGCCAUUUUUUACUAUGCCGGGGACGAGGGUACAUGGCUGACGUGAUCAGGAUAGAGCGACUUCUUCAUCUGGAAAAAUACCCAGAAGGCAAAAUCGACUUGAUCAUCCCUGAUCAAACCAUAAAUUAUCGUAUUGUAAGUCAACAUAUCGGGAGUGGAUCCUGCUGGUCUCAUCACCUUCCCGUUCUUGCAUAGGGCAAUCAAAGAGUAUAUUAAAAGUUACGGUGUUUGGUCGGCAACCAAUAUUUGCCAUGCUUUCGAAAAGCUUGAUGGCUUUAUGGACUCAACCCUCUUUACCCAACCCAUCAAGCAAAGUGUUGUAAGUCACAGUAGAAGGAGAAAGACUCAUCUCCCCUAAUCUAUGGAACAUUUUCCAUUCCUCA